AUGAAGCAUAAAUUAUCAACCUGUGAUUCUCCAUCAUCCUUUAAGCUUCGCAGGUUGGAAGGAGGAUGCUCACGGAUCCAUCAUAAGGGAAACUUAAUCAACUCACUACUUGACCUCAGUGCUAGAGUUGUAGCUGAAUAUCUACCGUUUGAAUAUGUGGAACGCAUGUUGGUUCACAUACCAGAACCUGUACAGGAGAAAAUCAUUUACUACUCUUUUCCUCAAAGGGAUAGUGAUAUUUAUACAUAUGCAUCCUUUCACUCGAAGACUGAUAAAACCCGUGACAAGAUUCCAUAUUAUCAAGGACUCGAAUACUUCCUGAAUAACUAUGUGGAAAAUGUUAUUCAGAUCGGAUUUCACUUGACUGGAUCUGUGAGGCAACAGCCUACAACAUGCAUUUCCGAAACGGAAGGAAACAAAUUUAAAGUUUCUAUAACUUUUGACAGAUGCAAAAUAAUAUCGGUUUGCUGCGACUGUGGUAAUAAAGGGUUGUCAUGGUGUCCUCAUGUUGUUGCUCUCGCCUUGUUCCGAAUAAGACAGCCCCAUCUCGUGGAUUAUCGUUCACCUAUUUCAGAUGCUUUGGUUCGUAUGAAUCGUAGUCAACUGCAGAAAUUCGCUCAAUAUUUAAUUGCUUCACAUCCAAAUAAAAUUCUACCAAGUGCACAACAAUUAGCUGAUCAAUUACUUCAACCAGAAUCAAACAUCAAUAAAACAUCGGGCGCUCCUGAUCCAACAGCUGGUGGUAGUCUACAAGAUGUUGCUGCAUGGUAUCUUGAUGAAGCAGGUGUACGUGAACAACUACGUGUGGAAUUAACUAAUCUUGCAAGUAAUGGAUUAUAUGGAGCAAAUCAUAAUGUAAAUAAUUUACGAUUAUCAUCUGGUGGACGAUGUAAUUCACCAAAUGGUGUUUCAAACUUCAAUUCUGCUGGACAACAACAACAGAGUAAUACCACAAACAGAUCAUCAACAUCAUCUUCAUUUAUACAAAGAUCUAAUAGUUCACAUCGAUCAUAUCCUAAUUCGUCCACGUCACUUGGUAUCGAUUCAGGGAUGGGAAGUCAAAAUGAUAUUGAUUAUAACGAUUCAACUGAAGUUGGCUUAGACUGGUUACUUAGAUAUCGUCGACUAACUUUAAAUCAAAAUCUUCUUAUUGGAGGUGGCAAUAAUAACACAUGUACCAAUUCUUAUACUCUAAAUGGCUUAGAUUUAGCCCUUAAUAACUAUCUACCAUUAUCAAUUGAUCAUUCACAAUCAUCGUCUACUACAUCAAAUAACACUACUACCAAUCUUAAUACCAAUAAUAGUAGUAAUAAUAAUGAUCAUAACAAUAAUCAUACUACUAAUAAUAAUAAUCGUCUUUAUUAUUCAUCAACUUCACCAUUUCAUCAUUAUUAUUAUUGGCCUAAUUCAAUAGAUACACAAUUUGAUUCUAAUUUACAUCAUUGUGAUAAUCAAUUCAAUAAUGGUAACCAUUGUAAUGGAACACAAAUUCCUGCUAUGUUUGCUAAAGUUCGUGAAUUAUUAGCAAAACGUGAUUCAAAUGGUCCACGUCUAUUAAGUUUAAUAACAGAAGAAUUAUUAAAUUGUUCUAAAUUGCCAGUGAUAAAAUCCAGACGUAAUCAAAGGAAUGCAACAAUUGAUGUACCUAGUCGACUACAAACGAUUGCUACUCCUCGUAUAUCUCAUGGUCAACAAUCAAUAACUGAUCGUCAAUUUCCCGGUGAAGCACUAUCAACCAACUCGGUUAAUAAUGGUUAUAAUCAUAGUUCAUCUACUUCUCUUAAUCAAUCUCCACCAUGGACUGUACGCUUAUGGGAAGAAGUCUGUUUAUUAUGGACAUGUGUAGUGCUAAGCCCUGAUUGUAGUGUUGAAACGAAAAGACAAUGGCGUUAUCGAUUUUUGACUUGGGCACGUGCUAAUCGUUGUCCUCGUGACGAGUCCUAUUCAAUUCCUAGUCAUUUCCUUACAUCUAUACAUGAAUUAAACGAUGUGGAUGAUGAUGUUCUCGGACAAAAUCAACAAUCACAGCAAAAUCAACCAUCUUGUCAACAAUCAACUCGUCCUUGCAGACGUGCUUCAGUCUUUCGUUUGCCAAUUGAAGCUAGUUAUAUGUCUUGGGAUGAUGUCUGGUGGAAUCAUCUCUCUAUUCAUGAUAUGAAAUUAAAUAAACACGAACAUGAACAUCGUGAAGAUACAAAUGGAGGUCGACAAAAUCACUCAACAAGCGUCUCUGUAGAUGAGAGUAGUAGUGAUUGUGGUAGGAUAUUCCGACGACCAUCUUCAAUUACUCCUAGACGAUCGAUUGGAUUCAACAGUCGAUCAUUUCAAUCAAACUCUUCUCCAAGAGAAUGUCAAUGCCCUUAUUGUGAUCAUUCAGGACCACUUAAUGAACCAUUUCCAUUAUUGUGUUUACGUGUAGCAGCAUUACGAAGUAAUGGUUAUUUAAGUCAAGCGUUGCAACUUGCUGUGUUUAUUAGUCAACGUUUAUUACGUUCGGUUAAAAUGAAAACUUCAUUGGCUGCAACUUCAAUUAUUAAUAAUGUUCAACGUAGUCCUCCACAAACAUUUCCUUCACAUACAUCAUGGAAUAAUAAUUGCCAUCCUAAUGAUAUUGUAGCACGUCGUAUGUUGUUCAAUACACCACCAAAUGGACAAGCACUUCGGGUAAAUGGUAUAAGUCCACAUAAUGUAAUGCAUAAUUCUGGAUCACGAUAUUUGUCUUCACCAAAUAUGCCUCCUUCCCCGUCAAUGAUACCAAAUCACGGAAAAUUCUCUCCUUCCAAUCGGCUCACAUCACCUAGACCAGCAUCAUUAUCUCCACCAGUGAAUGUCACUCAUCAUUCACGUCCUGUCUCUACUAGACGUCAUGGUCUUUCACCGAAUUCAAAUCCAAGUCCUGGUCCAUCUUGCACUAAUCAUCAAUCAAUUAUUAUCAGUAAUAAUAAUAAUAACAGUAGUGGUGGUAGUAAUAGUAGUAACAAUAACAAUACCAGUAAUAAUAGUAAUAAUUGUUGGUCUAAUCAACCGUCUUAUGUAUAUAAAUCAACUUCAUCCUGUCAACAAUAUGUAAAUCAAUCGCAUCCAUUUAGUUCACCACAUUGUUCACCUAUACCGCCUGCAUCAAUCUCUCCAGUAUCAUUUCAUAAUCCUUAUCAGCCUACGACCACAAAUCAUCAUAACUAUCAUAAGCAUAUACCCCAUACAAAUUCGCCUUAUUCAUCUUAUUCGUGUCCACCACCACCUCACGGUAUCGGGAGUUCAGUUGGUUGUGCCAAUGGUAGCAGUAGUAAUAAUAUAAUGAUGAUGAUGCAUCCUAGUCAUCAUAAUCGUUCUAUAAACUCUCCAACUCCAAUGAAUAGACACGUUAAUGCAAGACCACUUCCUUUGUCAUAUUCAACUAAUCCUAAUGUGUUUGCCGGUGAAUUCUUCCCAAUCACUGAAACUGAUAUUAAUUGUGGUUUAAUUUCAACAAAUUGUCCUAGUCAUACAGAUGUUGGUUGGAUUGGUCUUCCUGGUCGUCCUAUACUAUGUCUUGUUGAAUGUUUAUUAGAUGCAGCUGCAAUUGUUGUUGAAGCGGCAAAUCAUCAAACACCACCAAUUGCUUUACCAUCGUGGGGUCAUAUGGAAAAGGCAUCAUUCUAUUUAUGCUUAGCGGUUAAAAUCAGUUUGUUAAGUUUGUUUCAACAACGUCGUCUUGUUGGAUCAAUUAGUCGAUUAUUAGCUUGUCAACAUCAAGAAACACGUCUGUUAACUUUAUUAAAUACAAUACCAAAAGAUGUGACUACUGCAUUAACAAUGUGUGAAAUUCUUUGCCAAUUAUUAGGCCCACCCAUAACAUCAUCAACAUCCCCAUCGUCUUUGUCAUCAUCAUUACGUAUAUUAAAUAAAUUUGAUUAUCAUCCCACUGCAUUGAUGAAUCUAUGGUGGUGGUCAUCACUUGGUAUAAUUGUCCAUUCAGAUACUUAUCCAGUUCAUUCUGUCGCUGAAUUUGUAUUAAAUUAUUUAUUGGAUACACAAAAAAUCAAUCAAUUAGUUUCAUUCAACACAUGUUGGACAAAUUCGUUUAAUAAUAACAAUAAUGGUGGAAGUAGUAGUAACAGUAGUUGUUGUAGUAGUAGUACCAAUAAUAAUAAUAAUGUUUCCUCAAUUCGUAUUGAUGAUAUGGUAUUUACAUUAGUGACAAGAGCAAUGAGAUUUUCUGUUCUUGAAAAUUAUUCAUUAAUGGAUAAUUCGAGUAUGAUGGGAACUCAUUUAACACGAAGUAACAGUUCACCACAACUAUUAUUAAAUAAUAAUAAUAUUAAUAAUAAUAAUAAUUCCAACACCAACGGCAUUAAUCAAGGCUGUUUGCAUUCUCAACGUAUGAAUUACAAUCAUCAUGGUUGUUGGGAUUAUCACAAUUAUCUUAACAAUAGAGUUUGCAAUGGUGGUGGUGGUGGUAGUGGUAGUGUGGAAACUGCUCUUGCUGUAAAUACAGAAGUUAGUGAUCAAGAGUUUGGUAUCCCUUCAUUAACAACAGCAACAGCGUCAACGGGAACAACAAUAAUAACUGGAAAUAUGAUGGACUCAUCGUCACAAUUCACUGGAAAUAUGUAUAUGAAUGCGAAUUAUGACAAUCAUCAAAGAUAUUCACACCCACAUAGUAGUAGUAAUAAUAAUAAUUCAUUUCGAUGGGACCAGUCACAGCAACAACAACAACCAGUUCCGGAUUAUGAUCGUUGUAUGAUUUCCAUACCGAAUGUAUCUGUACCACCGCUCCCAUCUGUAUUCUCUAUGUCUACACAGAAUUGUUUGAAAUUUAAUAAUAGUAAUAAUAAUAAUAACCCACCUGUUUAUCCAAUGUUUAAUUUACAAAAUCUUGACAGUAAUCGUUGGUUCACAUCACCGUUAUCUUCAGUUACAGCAACAUCAUCGCCGACAGUUGGACUACCAACGUCUAUGACUACUAGUAAUAAUCCUGUUCAUUCUACUUUAAACAAUAGUAAUAACCGAUUCGCAACAAUCGAUGAUAGUCAGUUGAUUGUAGGCAAUAAUAUGAAUAAUAAUAAUAAUAUUUUAUCAUCAAAUCAAAAUCCACAAUAUCGUCGAUGCUUAGAAACAUUGAAAUUACGUCAAACUAGAUUGGCUGUUGCAUUGAUUCGUGUCUCAAAAUCACAUAUUCAUCGAUUAGAUCAAAUUGUACAAAUUUGUAAUCAAAAUAUUCAUUCAGCUGUUAGUUUAUUAGCUAUUUCUCAACAGGUAUUUGCAGAAGCAGUUGGUUGGAAAUUAAGAUCACCAGUUAAUCGUAAACCUAAUAAUACCAAUUUACUGGAAUCUACUUAUAGUGAAUGUGGUUGUUUGUUAAAUUCUAAUCCUCCACCUGGUUUAUUGUUACCGACUGCAACUAAUCCAACAAUUGAAUCAUUUUAUACACGUGAUCGUAUAUUUCUCAUUAGUACUGCAUUUCAUUUAGCUUUAAUAGUUGUUCUACGUACACUUAGUCGAUCAGUACACUGGCGUCGACGUGAAAUGUUAGCAUGGGCAGUUACAACUGCUUUACAUGUUGGUCCACCUGCUUGUUUAUACUUAAUUUAUCAUUGGUCAUCAUAUGUAAAUCCAAGAGAGGCUGUUAGUUGGCUUGCUCCAGCUUUACUUACAGCUGUCGGUACACUAGAUGUAAACACACCAACUAAUGUUACUCCACGUAUGUCGAAAUCUUUGUCAACCAAUAAACUUUGUCCUACUGAUCAAUCAAAUCCGUCUACUAUAGAUAAUCCAAUGUGUUUUGAUCAUUCUUCACUAUUCUUCGGUCUUUCUAAUUGGGAUGAUGAUUCAUUAAAUGGUGGUUGUGCCAGUAGUGGUUUAAUGAUGAAUAUGAAUCCUACACCUGAUACAAAUUAUUCAAUAUGCCCAACAUGGUAUUCAUUUUGUCCAACUUCAUUUACUUCAAGAAGUCAUAGUCAUUCGAUUAUUAUGGCGGCUCAACUACUUAACACUGCUGUGCCUUACUCAAAAGCAUCACGUGAACAAAUUACCAAUGCUGUACGACAUAUGGCAUUGCAAGCUGCAGCUAAAGAUCCAAUUAAUUGUUCAUUACCUGCAUUAAAUUUAUCAGUGAAAGAUCCAAUUGCUUUUGAUGCAAUUUAUCGUCUUGUAUUAAAUUCCGCUGAAUCUGGUGGUCUUGGACCAAUUCAAUUAUUUUCAUUAGCACGUUAUAUGGAUAAUUGUGGUUGGACAUGGAGAGCAUUUCCUUUUGCAUUACAUGCUACACGAUUAUUUGUUUUGUCAACAACUCAGGAAAGUCAUCCAGUUGGUAAUGAUGUAUUAUGGGCAUGUCUUUUGGGGCAUCGACUUGGUCCAGGAGCAUUACAAGAAAUAUUAAAUCAUGUUAUACGUAAUAUUCAUUGUCCAACUUUAUUGACAGAUAUUCUACAUCGUUGUCGAUCUAUACCAUGUGGAAUUCAUGUAAAUUCGACAAAUUGUAAUUUAAAUAUGAAUAAUAAUAACAAUAGUAAUAUAAAUGGAGUAGAUUCAUCAUCAUCAUCAUCAAUUAUGAUGAAUAACAAUAUGACUAAUUCAAUACCAUCAGUUGGGCGUGGGAAUUCGUGUGCAACACACUUUUGCAAUCCAACACCACAUUAUAUUAACAAUAAUAAUGGUACCGGUGUAUCGGGGUGUACGGGUAAAAUGCUUAGUUUGGAUCGACCACCAUUGAAAGGAUUAUUAGAUGCAGCUAUUAAUGGAUUUGUUAUGGCUACACAUAUGCGAUUAGCAAAUAUUAGCCCACGUCAGUAUGCAGAAUUUGUUGAUUUUUUAACACGAGCCAGAGACACAUUUCAUUUACUUCGACCAGAUGGACCAUUACAAUUUCGUAGUUUGGUUGAAUGUUUAAGACAAACUUAUCGAGGAAAACGAAAAUUGGUCUCAUUAUUGUCUGAACGUUUCGGCUGAUGAGUUAUUGAAAACCGUAUAUAUAAAUAAAAUCUAAUCUACUUUUGUCUAUACACACAUAUAAUGAUGAAGAGGAUCAAUUGAUUAUUGAUCGCAACACAAUGUGUAAUACACUCCUGUUACUACUACUACUAUCACUAUCACUGAUCAAAUCAAAUGUAACACUGACUGACAUGUUAAGUAUUUAUUUAUACUAUACAACUCCCAAUUUGCCUCGAAUUUGUAUUAAAGAAUUAGAAAUAUACAUAAAUAAACCUAUGAAAAUAUAUAAAUAUAUAUAUAUCCAUGCAUAAUUUGUGGAUUAUGAAAAGA